AUGGUCGGGGCAGCAGCAAAGGGGAAAAUCACCCUCUAUGUCGACAUUGUCAGUCCGUUUGCGUACCUGGGGUAUUAUUUCCUGCGUCACUCGCCCAUCUUCCAGAACGUGCAGAUCACGUACAUCCCCAUCCUCCUGGGUGGGCUGAUGAAGCUGUGCAACAACACGGCGCCGAUCGAGAUCCGCAACAAGGACCGCUGGAUCGACGUCGAGCGCCUCCGCUGGGCGCGCCAAUUCCACGUGCCCAUGUCGGACAGGUUCCCCGCGGGCUUCCCCAAGCCGACCAUCCAGCUGCAGCGGUUCCUGACGAGUGUGUGGAUGGAGGACAACGACAAGGCGGCGGCGGCGGCGGCGGCGGCGGCGGCGGCAGCGCACCAAGGACAGCAACAUGCACAGCAGUCCACCCUCAUCCAGGCCCUGGACACGCUGUACGCGGCGCUGUGGACGGAUCCCAACGAGUCCGACAUCCCGGACCCGAAGUGCUUCGCGCGCGUGCUGGCGCCCGUGCUGGGCCACGACGUCGUCGCCAGACACUUGGACCGGCUGGGCGCGCCCGAGGUCAAGAAGCAGCUGGUCGCCAACACGGACCGGGCGCUGCACGACGGCGCGUUCGGCCUGCCGUGGUUCCAGUGCGAGAACGCCCAGGGCCGGGUCGAGGGGUUUUGGGGCUUCGAUCAUCUCGGCCAGGUCGUCCGGUUCAUGGAGCUGGAUGGAAGGGGGGAGGUGAGGGCGUUGCUGUGA